CAUGGCAUUCAUUUGUUGUGUCGGUGAACGAGGUACGAGAAUUCACAUGUUGAGGAGGAAGGGUCAGAAAACAACGUUUUACUAAGUCUGUAAAAUUAGAGGUUUUCCAAGGGUACACUGGCUUUUCAAAAUCCACCAAAUGUGUGAUGUGAUUUGAGAAUGAAAAGUGAAAUUUUUAAUGAAAAUAUCAGGAUGUGUGAAGAAAGUACUCAACCUUUACUAACAGACUCUCAGCAGAGCGAAAUAUUUCGGGAUAUCGAUUUUGCUGCCCUUAGUCCAAACACGAUUUCAAAUCUACUACCAGAUUAUACUAGUGUUAAUGUUAACGAUACCCACUUUGACGUAAAUCCUCAGCAAAAUUUACAAGGUUCCUUUGUAUACGUGCUCAAUAAUGAUAGAAAUAUAUCUUAUCACGAGGAUAUAAAGCAAGAAAAUGGGUAUUCUGAAUCUCUAACACCUUCACCGCCAACUGAGCCCGUCCUCCAGUUACCACCAGUUCCUCCACCCCAAACAACGUCGUCAAUCAUUAGUAACGAAGAUUACCCCGGACCCUUAAAUUUUGAUGUGUUCAUUAACCCUCACCUUGUUCCCGGGAAUAAAACAUGGGUGUAUUCCGAAAAACUGAGAAAGAUUUACAUAGGCAUGGGUAUUUCUUUUCCGGUGGAUUUUCGUUGCAAUCCAGGGAAUCAGGUGUUGUUUGUGCGAGCAACUCCCCUUUACAGUGUCUCUCAAUUUGCUCAAGAACCGGUAAUUCGAUGCAUUGCACAUGCGCAAAGGUCUGAUGGUUCAAAUCAGGGUUUACCUGCUCAUGUUUGGUCUCAUAUAAUUCGGUGCCAUAGUUCAGGGGCUGUAUAUCAAGGAAACGUAGAACAAAAAGAACGUUUGAGUGUUGUUGUACCCUUGGAAAAACCUCAGACUGGAAGUGAUACAGUCAGAAUUAACUAUCAGUUCGUUUGCAAAAACUCAUGUCCUUCAGGAAUGAAUAGGAGACCAAUGGAAUUGGUUUUCACAUUAGAAGAUUAUCAGGGAAACGUGUUAGGACGCACAAAAGUUAAUAUCAGAGUCUGUUCAUCUCCUAAAAGGGAUAGGGAAAAAGAAGAGCGAGAAAGGAUGGCUAAUGGAGAACUCCCUAGUUCAAAAAAGAGGAAGGAAAACCCUAAAAAGCCUACAAACAAUAAAGACGGAAGUGAUAUUAAAAUACAUGAAAUAACGAUUCCUGUUGCUGGAACCCAUAAUGUCAAUAAUAUUCUAAAAUAUGCCUACGACAUAAUGUCGGGCGAUCAAAACCGAUUCAACGUCCAAGAACCUUUUCAAGAAUGCAUGACCAAAAUUACGAAUAUGAUGGGCAAGCAAGAAUAAUUCUGAUUUUUUGCAUGAUAUCAACAUUUUGUAUUUUUUUACUAAACAGUUAUACUAUUUAGGAUAUAAUACGUUUUCGUGGAAAGGGUCUAGCCGAAAAUUGCACUGACGUCUGUUAACGUUCACUAUAAUCCAUAAUUUUGAAAAAAUAUAUAUGAUAUAGUGCUAAACAAUAUCUUCCAUUUUGCGUUGGUUUUAUCCAUCUAUUACAUUUUUUCAAAAAAAAAACUUGAAAUUUAGGGUUAUUAUCCUGUACUUCUUUUAUAAGUGCAAUUAGACCUCGACAAUUUAUUGUAUGAAUGCUUCGGAUCAUAAGUAAUCCAUAAAAAAUUACUGAACAAAUAAAUGUCGGUGCAAUUUUCAUAUGCUUAAACGGCUAGACGACCCUUUCGUUGCCAUACUUUAUGCUUUUUAUUAUGUGGUAUAUUUUUUAUCGUAUAAAAAAGGGC